AUGCCUGCUGCUCCUGCUCCACUUCUUUUCCUCCUCCUCCUCUCUCCUCGCAUCCUCCUACUUCCCCCGAUCCAAACCCGACCGUCAGCCGCCGCCCCCUCAUUCUCCGUCACCGACUACGGCGCCGUCGGAGACGGCCGCCACUACGACACCCAUGCCAUCCAAUCGGCGAUCGACGCGUGCGCGUCCUCCGGCGGCGGCCGCGUCAAGUUCCCAAGCGGCCGCUCUUUCCUCACCGCGACGAUCUUUCUAAUCAGGGUGAUCUUGGAAAUAGAAAAGGGCAAGGUGUUGGGAGGAUACGAGAGGGAUUAUCCGAGGGAGUCCGGCAGGUGGUACGUUGUCUGGCGGAGAACGUUAGCGGGCGGGAUCACGGGGGAGGGGAUCAAUGGCCAGGGCGAAAAGUUUAUCGUGAGGGAGAGCGAGGUUAAGAACGUGAUGGUGAGCUGGAAUCAGACGGGGGACUGUGAGGGGGACGAGUGCAGGCCGAGGUUGGUGGGGUUCAUCGGUUCGAAAAACGUUAGGGUCUGGGACAUUACCUUGAACCAGCCGGCUUAUUGGUGUUUCCAUUUAGUGAGGUGUAACAAUACAUUGAUUCAUGAUAUAUCAAUAUAUGGAGAUUUCAACUCCCCCAACAAUGAUGGGAUAGAUAUAGAAGACUCAAACAAUACGGUCAUCAGAAGAUGCCAUAUUGACACUGGAGAUGAUGCUAUCUGUCCCAAGUCCUCCACUGGGCCUGUGUAUAACUUAACCGUUAGUGACUGCUGGAUUCGAACUAAAUCAUGUGCAAUCAAGCUUGGAAGUGCUAGCUUUUUUAAUUUCAAGAGGCUAUUGUUUGAUAAUAUAACUAUUGUGGAUUCACACAGAGGGCUCGGAAUGCAAAUUCGAGAUGGAGGAAAUGUAAGUAGUGUUGUCUUCUCAAAUAUCAACAUGAGCACAAGAUAUUAUGAUCCUCUGUGGUGGGGACGAGCAGAACCAAUUUACAUUACAACCUGCCCAAGGGACUCAAGCUCUAAGGCGGGGACAAUAUCUGAUGUAACCUUUGUUAAUAUAUCAUCUGUUUCAGAGAAUGGAGUCUUCUUAUCAGGUUCCAAGGAUGGAUUCCUUCGCAACAUAAAGUUCAAAAAUGUGAAUUUGACCUACGGAAGAUGGACACGGUAUCCAGGUGGGCUGUAUGAUUACAGGCCUGGGUGUCAGGGAUUGGUUAACCACAGCUUAGGCGGGAUCAUGAUGGAAAAUGUUUUGGGUCUUGAUGUUAAUAACGUGAAAAUGAGAUGGUCAAAAAGCAGCUUAGGCUGGGAUAAUCCUUUGGAGUUCAGACCUUCAACGGUGAAUAGGAUUUCUUUCCACGAGUGGCAAUCAGAUGUCUACUAAAAUUGUUCGGAAGUUUUAGCUCUUGGGAUGAGAGUCCAACUUCCUUUGUCUAUAAAUUCCACAUUUCGUGUCAGAAGCGAAAAAACUUCAUGAUUCAUCAAUCAUGACCAAGACGUUCCCGUUCGAGCUCAUAUCUUGAUAGUUGUGAAGAUCCUACAUGCAAAAAUUAGCAUCUUUAUACUCGUAUAAAGCUGGAUGGUUUGCUUUUCAAAGCUUUGAAGACGGAGGCAUGUAAGGCUUUUUUGAAUCUUUUCCUCGGAAGCCAUUUUGAAUAUUUUUUAUAUACUAGAUCGGUUCUGAGUACCAAGCAAAGAUUCUUGAUUUUGUGUCAGUGAUAAGGCUGAUACUAUGUAUCGCAUGAGUUCAUUUCAUUUCAUAGUUUAAUUGUUCAAGGACAUCAAGUCCAAUUCGGUCAAAACAUUAUUUUGUACUGUUUGAUUGAUGAAGAUGCAUGGAAUUUUAUACUAGACCUUAAAAAUUCAUGUUGUGCCUGUCAAUUUUUCAGC